AUCUGGUUCCAGAAUCGCAGGCGUAAAGAUGUGGUGACGAAAUUGGGCAAGAGUAAAGGUCCGUCUAAAGAAGAUAACUUGCAAGUUUCGGAGACCACUGACCCCACAUCUCCUCUAGGCAGCAGUGGGAGUAAUGUGCCGGUGAAGAAAGAUAGCAGCGGCAGUAAUGAAAGCUCUGAACAUACAGAAGGCUAUGCAACAAAUAUUAUCGGUGAUACAGUAAGUAUUGGUGGUAUUGACUACGGUGCAGAAGACGUGGAUGAUGAACAUUGUGGUGAAAUCAACAAUAGUGACUCCUUUAAUGUAAAGUCUUUAAAGGGGGUUAAUUCAAACGGUGUAUCAUCAGCACCAUCGAAGAUAACUACACUACAACCGCCGUCAUCAUCAGCAUUCAGUAAUUUAGUGUCACCAACUAUACUCAGAGGCAUGAUUGCCGAGCUAAACAAGUUCGACAAUGAGUAUCUGAAACUGAAAAAAGGUAAAAAGAAGAAGCACAAGCAAAAACCGUCAAGACAAUCAGCGCCUUUAUCUAAAACUUCGUGUAAAUCUGAAAGAUUAUUUCAACAUUACGACAUGAUGGCUCCUCCCAACAAAAUCACGCCUAGCGCGUUUUUGAACACAGCAGUGAACAAGUUUAAACAUGCAGUUGAUACUUCUGCUUUUCAAAGUCCCCGUGAAAAUCGAAUACCAACUACGACAAAUGACAGUCGACUUUGGGAAGGGUUUCCGCUGAAUCCUUCAGUGCCAGGGUUGACUGAAAACCCGGACUUCAUUCAACAAAAAGCAGCACCGGAUCUCGUCCAUUCGUCCUAUAACUCUACGCUGAAUUCUUCAGCACCACAGUCACAGUUCAGCAAUUUCCUUUCUGGAAGAGACAGAGUUUCGUUAACCCAUUCCUCAGUGCCCAACACACAGACUCAUCUGUACGAUAACCUUCCUGUUCUGUCAGACCUGCUAGGAAACUAUGCAUCUCAUUCAGCCGGCGCAUCAUUUGCUGCGGCAGCUGCAGCAGUAGCCGCAGCUCAAAGGCAGCAAGAACACUCUAUUCUAUCAUGUGUUUCUUCAGGACAGACCCAACCAGGAAAUAACUUACCUGGUGUUUACUUCCACCUACAAGGAGACAGCAACAACAACAACAACACUGGAGACACUAGCAAGAAUUUGCCUGUGGACAUCUGCUUCCCGCGCUCGUCAGCUUUGCCACAUUCUUAUCAUCAAAACUCCUCGCUGACCAUGAAUCGUGUAUUUCCGUUCCCACUGGUUGCGGAGCCACCUAGAAUGUUAUCCAGCCGUCAGUCGGAGGCGUUUCUUCACCACAGCCAAUGGCCACCUCCCGUUUCUGCCAUCAGCUCACAAGCAUCUACACAAAAUACUGCACUUGGCAUUCACGGGAGUGCUGCUUCCUCGCCUGUGAAUAUUAGCAAAGACCAGUAUAGACCAUUGAUGAUAUCCUCAAUUACAAAUCCUUACUUCCACACUCCCGCAUCGACAUACUCACUCACUUCAUCAGGUAUGACGUCUCAGUCUCCAGUAUGGACCAUGCAGCCACCGACAGAUAACAACAACUUUACUCAAACGCAGCUAUGA